AUGUUCUACAUGCAGCUGCUUAUGAAUAAACGUGGGCCUUUGUCCAAGAUAUGGCUGGCUGCUCACUGGGAUAAGAAAGUCACAAAGGCUCAUAUAUUUGAAUGCAAUUUAGAAGAUACCAUUGAAAAGAUACUCUCCCCUAAGUUUAAAAUUGCUCUUCGUACCUCGGGACAUCUUUUGCUAGGAGUGGUGAGGAUCUAUCACAGAAAAACCAAGUAUCUUUUGACAGAUUGCAAUGAAGCCCUACUUAAAAUGCAAUCCACUUUUCAACCAGGGCUUGUUGACCUUCCGAAAGGAAAUUCUGAGGCAAUUUAUAAUGCUAUCACACUGCCUGAAGUGUUUCAUGAUUUUGAUACCCAACUUCCAGACAUGAAUGCCAUUGAGGUCGCCCAACAUUUUACACUGCACCAGAGCAAAAUUGAGGACAUCACAUUGACAGAAUUUUAUGGGCAGAAUGUUCUCCAUGGCAGCAAUUUUGUUGAAGAAAUUGAAAUUCCAAGGCAUGCUAGCUUUUUCAGUGACAGUUUAAUAAAUAGCUCCAAUAGUCUCCUGGCUGACCACAGUUCUUCGAAUUUAACUGGAGGCAAAAUUGCAUUAGAGUAUGAUGGAUUUGGAGACGAAGAAGCUGGAAGAGAUAUGAUUGAUGAUAUUCUUGGAACUGACCAGAAUGGCCUCCUUGCAAUAUUUGACAUGGAAGAGGAACUUCCUUUACCCCCCAAAGAUCCAGUUGAUAACAGAAAAGGAACUACUUUUGAUCCAGACCAGGCUGUAUCUAAACAUGAAACAAGAAAUCACCAACGUAAUGAAACAACAUUAUUGUUCAGUGAGGAAGACGGCUUUGUUCCUUAUCCUAUUGAGGUUUAUCUGUUUCUAAAGAAACGAAGAAGUAAAAGGAAAAGAAAGUUACUCAUUGACCCGGUGAAGCAGCUCAGCAAAGCUACCAUGCAAAAGCAGCUUGCAAAUUACGGGGAUACGCUAGCCCCCUUGAAGAUCGCACCUCCAACCAGGAAGCUGAUGAUUUUACAAGAGUUGGGCAGCGCAGACAAACUUAUGACCAGACCCACCCAGCCUUGCUUUAGCAAAGAUCUGCAGAGGCUGUUUCCUAAACGUCUCAAGAAUAGAAGAAAAAAUUGGCGACAAAAGACUGAAGAAAGAAGCAAACAACAAACUGCCCAAGGACAACAAGAAUCCGAAAAUGAGCAAGCAGCCUUGCAAAAUGGACCCCAGACAAGUAAUUUGGACAAUGAAGAACAAAGAAGAAGUAAGAGAACAUUAAAGCUAUUAAAUACUUUCCAGCACUCGGAACAGCAAGGGGCAAAGUCUUUCAGCUUUCUGUCCCUCUGCAAGAACCAGAACAAGAAAGAAGCAGCAGAGAACUUCUACAGCUUGCUGGUUCUACAGAAACAAAGAGCGAUUGAGGUGGCCCAGUCAGCUCCUUAUGCUGACAUUAUAGUGACCGCGGGGCCCAAGUUUCAUACUUUCUGA